AAGAUUAAAGUGGAGCGGUAUCCCGGAAGUGGUGGUACGCACGUGUGCGCGCGCGGAGUACAAGAAGAAGUGCGGUUUCUUCAUAAUAAAUAACCUGUAAAGUCAGCGGCGUUGCGGUUGCAGCUUGGUCACAAUGUUUCUGCAGUACUACAUCAAUGAACAAGGGGAGAGAAUCUACACUCUCAAGAAGGUGGAUCCGUCCGGCCAGCCAACAUGUUCAGCCCAUCCGGCCCGCUUCUCUCCUGAUGACAAAUAUUCUCGACACAGGAUCACCAUCAAGAAACGCUUUGGUGUCCUGAUGACCCAGCAGCCUCGGCCUAUUGUUUAAAUGGGCUUCCAUCCUGCUCCAGAGUUACAAAGGCGGCGAGAGAAGCUUUGAGAGCAGCUUUGAAGAAGCCCGUGAAGACGAAGAAUACCUGUCGAUCUGCCGUCCACACUGUUGCGUUCUUUGCUGAUGUUUUUCAAACUUGACUCAAUUCCCUUUGCGUUCCGUGGAAGAGGAAUGAAUGAAUGACAUCCUGCAAGCAAGCAAGACAAAAAUUAUAUUUUAUUGACGUUUUUCUGGCUAUGUAAUUCUGGAAAUAAAGUGAGAUUUUCCAUUGUU